AUGAAUACGAGCCCGACAAGUAGAGACCCAGGCUAUGGGGCCUCUAAUCCCGGCUCGAAUGCCCAGAUACCCAUGCAUCCCGAUUCUCCUGCCGCGUCCAGCGUCAUCCACGCUUCGUCUAGGUCCUCCACGGGGAAGGGCAGUCGUCAAAUCACGCGAAACCGCGCCAGUUACAGUUGCCACACAUGUCGGAGACGGAAGGUCAAAUGUGACAAGGUCCACCCGGCGUGCGGAAACUGCUUGAAAACCGGAAACGAGUGCAUUUACGAUGCGAUGCCCAAGGAUGAAUCGCGUAGCCAAACAAAGGAGGGUCACGGGGUUAAGCGGAGACGAGAGAUGUCGGGGCCGGUGGACGACGAGGUCGACGAUCUACAGUCAGUCUAUAGCCACUUGAAGCAGGCGGGAUCGGCGGAGCAGAAGUCUGGGGCGCAUGGGAUCGAAGCGCGGUUGGACAAGCUCACUUCGAUGAUCGAGCGAUUGAGCAAGACCAAUCAGCCGUUGGACGCCGCGCAGAAGCAGCUGCUGGCGCAGAAUGUCAGUUUGGAGGCUGCUAAGAGGGAUGCCCGCCAGGCCAAUGGGCUGCCGUUGAAAUCGGCGGGAAACUCCCGUCCGAACAGUCCGCGUCGCGCGGCGGAUUCGAGUGGCGAUGAGUUUCCGAUUCCUGCUGGACAUGCGACGGAUCUGGUGGAUCCUAUUGGGAAUCUGAAUCUGGGUCAUUUGAGUCUGGAGGACGGGGGUAGAUCGAGAUAUGUCGGAACAACAUACUGGGCUUACAUAUCGAACGAGAUAAAUGAACUCAAUCAACUACUACGAGAUCAGAACCGGUCGCACAAUGACCCGACUGCUAAUGAAGGAUCGAACGAGGAAACGGUUUCGGAUUUGAUGACGCACACGCCGACCAGCCAGUGGAAAAUGGAUGACAGUCCCGGAGGGAUUGCCACAGAUGACAGAGUAGCCACCGGCGAGGCCUUCCAGAGGUCGGUGUUGUUUCCCUCCAGUGAAUCGCCAUCGGUGAUCGAUAAGACCGUGGAGCCGGAAAUGCUGGAGCAUGUCCCUACCAAACGACAAAGCCAUAUUCUAUACCAAGGCUUCAUGUCCGGGAUCCAUGCGAUCAGCCCGGUCAUUCAUCCGCCGACAAUCCUGAAACUCUACAAUGCCUUUUGGAAUUGGUAUGAUUAUGGCAGCUACUCCGGCGAACCGUGCCCGGAUCCCUCGUUUAUACCACUCCUCUACGCCAUCUGGUAUGGCGGGUCGAUUACGGUAUCUAUACGAACAAUAAAGGCCGAGUUCAAUAUUGUGUCACGAUCUGCCUUGUCGAAAACGUUCCAUGAGGAGGUUACCCGGUGGCUGACCAAGAUCUCGUUCCCUCGAAGCCCGUCAUUACAAGGUCUGGCCGCGUAUCUCCUGGUGCAGACGAUCCUGUCCAAGGAAGAAGAGCCACUGACCAGCAGCCUGUUUGUGAGUUUGGCCAUGAGAGUGGCACAGACGAUGGGACUGCACCGCGACCCCGCCAAGUUUGGGAUCCAAGCCUACGAAGCGGAAUAUCGCCGACGAUUAUGGUGGCACAUUGUGCAUAUGGACGGCGUUGUGGCCAUGUCAAGUGGACUUCCACCUCUUGUUAGCGAUGAAAACUUCUGGGAUGUCCGCGAAGCCAGCGAAGUCAAGGAUACUCUGCUCGGUACUCCCAAGGCUGAGAACUAUGAACGUAUGGUCACAGCGGGCAUGCGGCCGCCCGACAAUCCUGAUGACCCGACUGUCUGUGGUGGGCCUUCCACAGUGAACGUGUAUUAUCUGUCAGCUCGGGGAAAAUAUGUCAUGGCUUGUGCUGUCCGACGGAUAUUGAGGAUCCAGUUAGGCAUCAAACCGAUUACUCGAAGAGACAUGGAAGAACUUCGGUCGAUCCUUCUGGACCUUCAGCUCCGACUUAAUUCGAUAAUAAACCGCAUUCCAGAAACAACAAUCUCGUACAGCUCAUCUGAUAGUUCUUAUUCCUUUUCUCAGUCUCCAGUGGAGAUCCGUUCCAGCGAUACAGAGCUACCAGGGAAAGGACCUGCCGGCUGCCUGGAACAGUAUCAUACGUCUGUUCUUGUGUCCUUCCAUAAGUGGGCGAGGAUACUUUUGUCAUUAUUCAUUGAUAAGGCCUUUUGUGUUGCCUAUCAACCUUUCCUCAAAAAUGCGAAGAGUCGGAUAUGGCCAGCUGCUAGGCAGAGUGCCCUUCGUCAUUGUCACGGUUUCAUGGAGAAGUUCAUCUCUCUUGCCACCGACCCUGAAUUUCAACCCUUUCACUGGAGUUGGCCCGGGAAUCACCAGCCAAUGCAUGCAGCCAUGAUCAUGCUCAUCGAUCUCCACGAGCGACCUAAUAGCCCCGAAGCCCCGAAAUCUCGUGCAUUCAUCGACAAGAUCUUCUCACUGACAGGCCCAGACGGAGGAGUUGUCGGCGGCGAGGACGGUAUCUCUACACAACGACCUUUGAAGGAUGGCGGCCGUGAGGCCUGGGAUAUGAUACGCAGGUUACGCCAAAACGCAUGGCAAAAAGCCGGCCUUGACCCACAGAAGCUCUGGACCGAACAAGCGCAAGUGCAGGCAGGGGUUGCCGCUGCGCCUGACGAAUAUCCUUGCGCCAGUGACCCCUACUACGCCAACAACGCCGGUUCGCCCCCCGUCUCGUCGCUGUCGUCUCGACGGCAACUUUCCGAUUUCUCAAAGAUGUUCUAUAACAUGACCCGGUCCCAUGUACUCCCCAACCCCGCCUCUACACUACGACCCAGCCCUCUUCGCAACCAACUCCCUCCGCCCACCAAUCCUCCCCACGUCCCCGCUACGCCUCCCUCAGCGCCUACUCCACAAUUUCCCCAAACCCCUGCCACAAACCCAACCUCUCGUUCCAUCGAUACCGCUCUUGCGACCUCUCCUCUCUCCUCUCAAAUCCUCCCGCCACUCAACAACGUCCCCGUCCCCGUCCCCGCCCCCCAAUCCCAAUACCCCCCGUCCGCCAACGCGCCGUCCCCAUCCACCCUCCUCCCCUUCAUGGACACUGCCUCCCCAUCGACCCAGCAGCAGCCCAUGGCCGUCCCGACCCCUCCGUCAAUGGUCGACCCGAACCUGAACUUCGACUGGGACCAAUGGGACGCCGUCUUCGGCCAGCAUCUCCCUGUGGCAGACGAGCUCAUGGAACUGGACCCCGUGUCGGGAUUCGAGUUCGGUGAUCUUGGUAGUGUGCAAGGAGGGUCAAGGAGUAGUCAGGCUGGUGGUGGUGGUAAUGAAGGGGGCGAGGAGAGCCCGAUGGAUGAUGUGAGGGGCCCGGAUUGGUACGGAUAUUGUUGA